AGCAAGCGUUGCUUUCGUGCUAUGCGACCGAGUGACGGACGGAAUGGACUCUUUCGGCCCCAAAGAAUCACAGUUCCUACAGGGUUCCAUUAUACUCCUCACGUACAUAUGCAUCUAGCUUCCUUCUCUCUCCUCAAAUUAGCUUCUUAUUCUCCUUGCCGAGUUGCCGACUGUGUGUUCCCUUUGCUCUUUGCUUGUUGUGCCUGGCCAUUUUUCGUUCUUGCUGUAUCUUCCCUCUUUUUCUUCAUUGCUCUACACUUUACGAGUGUAGGGCAACACUGCCAUCACUGGCAACCUUUACGGUAUCUUACAACAAGUAGUGUGGUAUCCGACGUCAGGUUAUCAAUCUUAACCAUCAAGGUACGUAUGUGUGGAGUUGUUUUAUAUCCAGUCCAAGUCCCCUGAAAGAUCAUGGCAUGACAGGAUCCACUGAUUUUCGUGGACAAAACGUGGGGAGAGCCCCGCGGGAAAUAAGGUUUGGCCUCCACCCACGAUCUACAGAUCCUUCCCUGACUGGCAUGAUCAUAACCAUGGUUCAAGUCAACGGGGAUAUCUAAGCAUUCAAGAACCAUGAUCUUACUUCCUUUCCCCAGGAGAAAGACAGAGCACAUAUCAUCUCUCCCAUCUUCGGCAGUGACAAUGGCUGAUAACCGUCUCAAGAAACGGCCCGCACGGCGCUUACUGAGCACCAAAGAUGACAAGAUCUCAACCACCAGGGCAGGCGGCCCCAAUCACCAAUGAGCAGGAGCACAAUAUCAACCGUUCCUCUACAUCAGGAGAAGCAGAACGGCUUUCUCUACAAAGACAGAAAUCGAUAGAACAAGCCAUCGACGAGGGUCACGACGCCGACAUCCCAUCCGACAUCGGUUACGUACUUGACGAGCAAGGCGAGAAGCGGCGCAAAGAGGCCAUACGCCGCAACUCUCUCGCCCGGGCACGAAGUCAUGCCAGCCAUACCAGCCAUCAUCAUCACCAUGAUGAUCACGACAUAGAAAAGGAGGCGGCAGCCGGCAAAGAAGCUUCCUCCUCCCACGAUGAUCCGCAGGAAGACUCAUCGGGCGCCGUUACUUCCUCCUCGUCGGAAGAGGACGAAGCCAACAUCAUCUGGUGGUCCGAAAACGACCCCGAAAACCCCUACAACUGGCCCCGCUGGCAAAAAAUCCUCAACGUCGGGCUCAUCAGCGCGCAAACCUUUAUCGCGCCCUUGGCCUCCUCCAUCUUUGCCCCCGGUGUCCCCUCGGUGAUGAAGGAGUUUCACAACUCCUCUCCGGAACUGGCCUCGUUCGUGGUAUCGGUGUACAUCCUGGGCUUCGCGGCUGGGCCCUUGGUGAUUGCCCCGUUGAGCGAGAUCUAUGGAAGGCUGGUUGUUUAUCAUGGCUGCAACGUGUGUUUUAUUGCUAUGUUGAUCGCGUGCGCUGAGGUGCCGAGUCUCAAUGCGCUCAUCGCGUUCCGGUUUUUGUCGGGCAUCUUCGGUAGUUGCCCGGUGACUAAUGGCGGGGGCACCAUCUCGGACAUGAUCACGCAGGAGAAGCGGGCGACAGCGAUGGCGCUGAUGACCAUGGGGGUGUUGCUGGGGCCCAUCAUCGCGCCGAUUAUUGGGGGCGUCAUCAGCGACUCGGACCUAGGCUGGCGCUGGGUGUUUUGGAUCCUGACGAUCGUGGCGGGCGUGGUGGCGCUGUGCAUGGUCGUUUUUGGCAAGGAGUCGUACGCGCCGGUGCUGCUGCAAAGGAGGGUCGACAGGCUGCGCAAGGAGACGGGUAAUGACAUGUUGAGGAGUAAGCUGGAUAUCGGAUUGAGCCCGAAGGAUUACUUCAAGCGCAGCAUUGUGAGGCCGCUGAAGAUGCUGGUGUUUAGCCCGAUCUGCAUCAUCUUUGCCAUCUAUAUCGCCAUCGUCUAUGGGUACAUGUACCUCAUGUUUACCACGAUUUCGAGGGUGUUUACCAACCCGGAGACUUAUAAUUUCGGUAUGUAACAGGCAGGCAGGCAUGCCUCCCGCGUCAUUUGUCGCGAUUGCUAAUAACGCGUGAACAAAACAGGCACCAGGAUCGUCGGCCUGGUCUUCCUUGGCAUGGGCGUUGGCUCACUCCUUGGCCUCGUUUUCUUUAGUGUCGCCAGCAACCGCAUCAUGAAGGCCAAAGCCGGCCCCGACGGCAACGGAACAUGCACCCCCGAGGAUCGGCUCACGGUGCUCCCCAUCGGUGCCAUACUCCUACCCGCUGGCUUCUUCAUCUAUGGCUGGACGGCCCAGUACCAUGUCCACUGGAUCGUACCGAUUUUGAGCCACGUUCUGAUCGGGUUCGGCAAUAUCGUGAUAUUCAUGGCCAUCAGCAUGGUGAGCUUCUUGCCUGUUUUGGUCGAGGAAAACCCAAGGACGGGACUGAUUGAUAUCUUGAUAGGCCUUGAUUGAUACGUUCACCAUCUACGCUGCGUCUGCUCUGGCUGCUAACACAGUAGCGAGAAGUGUCUUUGGAGCUGUCCUCCCCAUCUUCGGCUUGCGAAUGUACGACACGCUUGGGCUAGGAUGGGGAAACAGUCUGCUGGCGUUCAUCGCCGUGGCAUUGAUCCCGGUGCCGUUUUUGCUGAUCCGAUAUGGUGAGUUGCUGCGAACGAGAUAUGAGAUUAAGAACCUCUAGGCGGAGUAGGUAGUUGAGCAUAGGGUUGAUGGCGACUCGUCGUGAUCGUAAACGUGUGUCUUUGGACUACAUGUUCAGACGACUGUUUCAGUGUUGAUGUUUAUAUCACAG